AUGCAUCAGCUUAAGAUGGCCAAUUCGAUGGAAGAUGCGAGUGACAAAGCACGUAAAUGUAUUAACAACCCAAAGAUGCUGAUUACGUACAUGUGGUUCACAACAAUACUAUUUGGAUUUAUGUACGCAAUUGCUGCUAUUGUUGCGGCAAUUAACAAUAAUGGCGAAGGUGAAAGCGACUCCAAGUCUUUGGGUUUUGUGGGUAUAUGGGCCAUGAUUCUCAUCGUGGUGCUCUCUGUCGGAGGCACGAUGGUCAUGCGCAAAUACCAAACACCGCUUGCCGUCGGUUUUCUUAUCGGCGUUGUGUUGAUGAUGUCGCUGCAAAUGUUCUCUUUAUCGAUUAUUUUUGCGGGUACAGCCUAUUUGGCUCGUAUUGAGCGAGCAAAAGGCGACGAGCACACAAAUGUGCAUUCUGAUGAGGCUGGUUCUGUCUUUUCUUUCUUCAUGUUUAUCUGCUAUUUCGCUUUUGCCAUUGUGCUGGUUCGCCAUCGCAACAUCGUGAUAAAGGAAGAAGGAAAGCAAGAUUUCAACGAUAUCGAGAAGAAUACGGCCGGCACUAGCCGCAACACGACCACAGCCACCUCUCCACGUGUCAUCCGUAUGGACCUGGAAGUAGCUAAGCCGUUGGCCCCACCUGUCAGCGUCUAA